GUGUGUUCCUUUAGGAUUUUCAUCUAUGUAGCAGGAGUUACAACAAUGGAUGUUGUAAGUGUUGGAAAUAUCUGCAGUAAUCCACACAAACUGUACCAGCCGUGUAAGCUGUGGAUUCAGAAGCAGUGUCCCAGGCUCCCAGUAUCAUGUGUUUAUGUCCAUAGUUACUUUUGCCCAGAUAAAGAGUCCUGUAAGAGAGAAUUUUGCACGCUUCUGCACCAUAACUUGGAGAACACACAGUCGGAUAGCAGUAAAAAGAAUGAUGGUUAUGAAGCAUCUCCGCAGAGCUGUGUUGGUAAAGAAGCUAAGAAAAAGGGUUUUACCAAGUCCAAGCCUCCCGAAUUGAUUAUUAUUGAUGAUGAUGAUGAUGAUAUGCAUGUAAGCAGUCCUUCACCUACAUUUGAUGAUGAAUUAUGUCAGGAACUUGAAGAAAUAGGAGAGGAACUAGACAGAUUCACAGAAGAAACUGUUGUCAAUUCAGAUUUCACCAGGAACAAGGAAUUUCAAAUUUUAUGUAGCAGAGAUGGCAUGGAAUCCAAUAAGAAUGCAGAUCUCAAAAGAAAACCAGCUGAAAGUAGAAAAUCACCCUCUUCAUUUGAAUUUUUUAGUUGUCUGGCCAGCAAAGAGGAAAAUGCUUUCAAUCCUCAAAAGUGGUUGGAUGAUUUCUGUUUUAAGUCUUCUGAGAAACCAAUAGACAGAGAGAGUGACAACAUAGAGACCGUGAGCAGAAUUAGAUCUGAGGUUGGUCAGAGUGAAAAGGAAAUUGAAGAUGAUUCUGCAGAGACCAAAUUGUUGCUUAAGCAGAAGUCACAGUUAAUGAAAAAUGCCAAAUUUUUAAUUGAUCAAAAAAAGCUAUUAACCACUGAAAGAGAUAAUGUUAUAAAACGGGUCAAGGGAGGUUCAGUAAACCAGUCAAAAAUCUCAAGAGUCUUGGAUGAAAAUGCGCGUCUGACAAAGGAGCUAUCUGCUCAUCUGCAAAGUAUCACCACAAAUAUUCAGAAAAUAAAUGAAAAGAUAGGCCAUUUAGCAAAAAAGAAUGUAAGAAAAGCAGACUCCGUCCCAGUUAAUUUAUCAAAGGAAAAGGAGCUGUUAUUAUCUAGUCAUGGGUCAGAAGUGAAACAGAGCCUAAAAACCAAGGAGAUAUUUGACAAGAUAACAAAUAGUUUCCAAGCCCAAAAUUUUUCCCCCAAUCGAAAACAAUCUUCGGGUAAAACAGAAGAAGCAAAUGUUAAAUCACCAGAUUCAGAACAUAGGACCUGGGAAAACGCACCCCAACACACUGACCAGAAUCACAAUGUAUCUCCGCAAAGAUCCUGUAGCAGUAAUGGAGAUCAGACCCAAGGAGAAAUGGCCAAAGAAAAACAGGAUGUGAUUGAUGAAGAAACAAACAGUACGAGUCAAAGUUAUGAAUCAGAAGGAAAAGAGAAUAUAAGCAAUAAAGAAAACACCACUAGCAGUAACAAGUUCUCCGAUGAUGAGACAAAAAUUGUGUCCUGUGGAAGCAGCCACACCACAGAAACAGAAACAUCCCAGAAUAGUGUAUCAGCCAAAGACAAAUUCGUCCCCAAUGCAAAGGGAAUUGAAGUAAAGGCAAAUAGAUCUUCAAAGGAUAAGAAUACAUACUGGUGCAAAAAGUGUAAUGCAUUCUAUACUUCGGUCUUUGGUUAUGUAGAACAUUUGGAAUCGAUUUCACACUUCGAAAAUGUAAAGAAUGGCAGUCAAACUCGAGGCAGAAUUACUGGGAGUGGUUGUAAAGGAAAUGACGGAGUUAGUGAUGCGCUACCACAAGGAGUGGAAUUUCUUCAUUCAACAACAGUCUUCUUUUGUGAACUCUGCAGUCAGGUUAUGUAUGACAAAGAUGAGGCUAUCCUCCAUCCACAGAAGUCACAACACUUGACGAAAUACAAAGAGCACAUUCAAGCAAAUGUCACACAGGAAAUCCAGUUCAUGAAAGAAAAGAUGUCGGCGCUUACGGAAUACUGCAAAAAGAGACAAGCGAAGGUAGUCAAGAAUGCACCUGUUGCCAUCACAGACUGUCCUGCAGAGUCUUCCAAGUCAUGCACAGUCUCCCCUGAUAAGGAGACAAGUAAUUUAGACAGCAGUAGUAGAACCAAACACAAGCUCACCAAUGAACAGAGUGAACAUUAUAAAAAGAAUCGAGUGGGAAGAUAGUCUAGUCUUUUAUGAAAGGAUCUGAUUGAUUGAUUGAUUGAUUGAUUGUUUUUUUUUUUUUUUUUUUUUUUUUUUUUUUUUUUUUUUUUUUUUUUUUUCUUCUUCUUCUUCUUCUUCUUCUUCUUCUUCUUCUUCUUCUUCUUCUUCUUCUUCUUCUUCUUCUUCUUCUUCUUCUUCUUCUUCUUUUUCUUCUUCUUUACUCCUCCUCCUCCUCCAGUUUCUCUUUUCUAGUGUGAUAUGUGAGCUUUACUGCAUGUUAUCUCUGAUUUUUCUAUCCAAUUCAGUAAGAAGAUAAGUUACGUUCAUUCCCUUGUAUAUAUCUUAGGUAAAAUAUCUUUCGUGUACAAUAUUUUUAUAUACAGAGAGAAUCAGUGUUUAUGUUGUUUUUACUGUGUACAAGUAUGUGAAGUCUGUGAUAUAUUCAUCUUUAUGAAACUUGUGUAUACAAGAUUAUUGGAAGCUAUACUUAAGUAAAUACUCUGUCCAUAGUUGAAAAAAAAAACACAUUGUCCUGGAUUUUUAAAUAAACAUUCAGAUUUUUACACCUCAGCAUGUAACCAGGAAUAACUCCUAAAUAUGUGUUUAAUUUAACGGUUAGGAUAGCAUUGUUGUACAGUCACAUAGUGUGUCCAACAUGAUAUGACUUUGCAUUUACAAGUGACUGAUUAUUGAAUAUAAGAGCUUUUACAGUGUGAAUUAUUUUAUAUAAUUUCUGGUAUUUUUAUACAUUUUAAUUUUUUACAUAAUAUUUUUCACAUUAGGUAAUAAAAUAUUUGUGGAUGUACUUAAUACAUAAUAAAAGGAGGAACCAUU